AUGCUCCUCAUCACAGCUCUUAUCAGCGCUUCAUUCUUCCUAGCGGCAGCGGCAGCACCAGGUGCCGAGGUUCUGCCCGCUUCCCAGAUCGCCAAACGCCAGGACGACGAGAAAUGUGAGGACGGGCUCAAACCGUGCAUGAGAGGAUGCAUCACCAAGACCGAGAUAUGUUGCGCCGAUCCUGAGAGAGACGAGCCUUGGAGCUGCAAAGUCGGCGAGAUUUGCGGCACCUCUCCUAAAUUCGGUUGCUCAAAACCCAGAACAACCACGGCGUCUUUGACCCUUUCAGCCACUGCGACCUCCGCCUUGAGCCCCGGAGAUCCGGACCUAAACCCGUCUCUCACUGUCUCAAUCCCGUUCUACCCGCCGCAGACGACAUCAAACGGGAGAAACAAGAUGCCGGGAUCGACCUCUGUAGCCUCGUCACCAACACGCCAGACGUGCUCCUUUGAGAUGGCGGUCGGACUGUACGCCAGCUCUAGUACCCACACGCCGGAGGAGGGCUGCCCAGGUGCUCUUACAUCUGCUGCCGACUACGGCGCCUCAGGGGCAGCUGUCAGAGUCGAGUCCUUGUUCAUUAUGGCGGCGAUGGGAGCUGCAGUGGUCGCGUUGGUGGGGGGUUUGGCUUGA